UAACAAAUUGACAAAACUAUUGCUUAAAAAGGCCUGUAAACAACAUUAAAGUAUUAUAAAAUGUUUAAACAAAAAGUAGCACUAAAUUGUGUGUGAUGUGUUUAAAAACAAAAUGUGAGCAUUGAUGACGCGAGUGUUUUGUGCGCUGCAUUGGUAUUUGUUUUGCAGCCUAGAGUUUUCAUUAAUUAAACUUAAAGCGUCGAAUUGUUGUCGUUGUUGCUUGUGCUCAUAGCUAAGUGGCAGCCGAGCCGGCAUGAUACUCAAUUAAAUAAUAACAGAUGCUGCUCUAUCAAUUGAGAACGAUGUACAUAUGUACGCCCGUAGCGUGUGUUGUUGGUGUUAUGCUGCAAUUAGCGCUAUAAAUAAAAGUGUUGGUAGAAUUUACUAUGUGUGCAUAAAUAUUUAUUACAAAAGUAACCAGAAGUUGGCAAUAAAAGCCUGAUAAGAACGGCGCAAGUUAGGCAGCACGUUUUGCUUGGCCAACACCGACACACACCCACACUCGUGUUUAAAUAAAUUCAAAUAAACAGCUCAAGAAAGUGCUCAACUUAAAUAUUUACAGCAGUUAUAAGUGCAUUAGUCAGAGGUAGUGGCAGUUUGAUGAAAACGUGGCAAAGCGUCACGGUGUGUUCGAAAAAAUAAGAAUUGCUAUACAAAGAGAGAUCGCCAGGUGUGUGCAGAUAUAUAGAUCUAACCAUAAAAUAAAUAUGGCGUAUAAAAAUAGUUCAUAGUCGCAGAUAUUAUUGGAAAAGCAGCGACAUCGACUGCUAAACAAAACUGCUAGGCAUAAAUUAAAAUCAAAUAUAGGCAUAUUGCAAAAUCAAGACAAGAAGAGCGUAGCGAAGAGCAGGAGCCAACAAACAUCAACACAGGCAGGCACACCUGUAUAAACUGCAACACCUCAGCAGGCAUAAAGAGCACUCUCUCCCACACCAUCUCUCUCUUUCUUCGCGAUGGCUGAUAACGAGUUGCCGUUGCGCGAUUUCGACGAAGAGAGCGAUGAAACAGACUCUGAAACGGAAUUACUCAUACGCCACACUGGCGGUGGCAGUGAGAAUGUUGUUGGCAGCGGCGUCGGCGGCGGCAGCGUCGUCAUUGGCUCCAGCAACAGUAGCAACAACAACAAGCAAAGACGACGUCGCAAAAGCUCAACUGGUUACGGAGGCGUCGGCGGUAUCAGCAGCGGUGGCGGCAGCAGCAGUGGCGGUGGCUUUCUGGGCAAUCUCUUUGGCCACAGUCUUGGCUCUGCCUCCGGCCAGAUACGUUAUAGAAAUGAGCGAAGUCGCGAGCGCGCGAAAUAUUCGAACAGCAAUAACGGCAGUGCAGUGCGAGACAUUAACUCGACCAAUAUUACGGGCAAACUGGCGCAACUAACGCAAACGGGCGGCGUUGCAGGUAUCGCCAUUGGCGCCGAUGCACUGUCCGAUAUUGGCAAUGCGGGCGUAAAUGGUGCCAAUCCGAGCGUCCUAACCGUAUCCGAUCCCGAAAAUGGGGCAACCACCGUCUUCUAUCAGAAUAAUCGGCGACGCAGUAAAAGUCGCAGCAUCGGCAAUGUGUUCAAAAUGUGUUUGUGCAGCUGUUGGCGUCGGUGGUUCCGGCCACGGGAGUUACGGGCACGAACUGUUAAUCUGGGCCGGCCGAAUACGGAGAAGUUCCCGGCAAAUGAGAUACGUAAUCAGAAAUACAAUUUCCUCACGUUCCUGCCGUUGGUUCUCUUCGAGCAGUUUCGUUUCUUCCUGAAUCUCUACUUCCUGCUGAUGGCACUGUCCCAGUUCAUACCGGAAAUACGUAUCGGUUACCCCUACACGUAUUGGGGUCCCCUGGGCUUUGUCCUGAUGGUGACUAUUUGUCGCGAGGCUGUGGAUGAUUUGCGCCGGCAUCAGCGGGAUCACGAGGUGAAUUCACAGAAGUACAAGCGUUUGGUGCCGCCCCAAACGGGGCAUGGCAGUGGCUUCGAAUUGGUGCCCUCCUCCAAGCUAAAGGUGGGCGAUGUCAUUGUGGUGGAGAAGAAUGAACGUGUGCCGGCAGACUUGAUUCUGUUGCGCACCAGCGAUCGUGGCGGCUCAGUAUUUGUGCGCACAGAUCAGUUGGAUGGCGAGACAGAUUGGAAGCUGCGUCUGGCGGUGCCAUUCACACAGAAACUGAGUCGAGAUGCGGAACUGUAUAACAUUGAUGCGAGCUUCUAUGUGGAGAAGCCGCAAAUCGAUAUACACAGUUUCAUUGGCACCUUCUGCAUGACGGAUGGAAGCGAAGACACUGGCCUCAAUGUGGAGAACACGUUGUGGGCCAACACUGUUGUGGCAGCGGGCACAGCUACCGGCAUUGUUAUCUACACCGGCUGUGAGACGCGCAGUGUGAUGAACAAUUCGCAACCACGCUCUAAGGUGGGAUUGUUGGACAUGGAGAUCAAUGGACUGACCAAGGUGCUUUUUGGCGCUGUGCUGGGCUUGUCGCUUGUCAUGAUGAUGCUGAAAGGCUUUGGAGGUCCCUGGUAUCGCUAUAUGUUCCGUUUUGUGCUGCUCUUCAGCUACAUCAUACCGAUUAGUCUGCGCGUGAAUCUCGACAUGGGCAAGGCCUUCUAUUCGUGGCAAAUGCAGAACGACAAAGGAAUUCAUGGCACUGUGGUGCGUUCCACAACAAUACCCGAGGAAUUGGGUCGCAUCUCGUACGUGCUGACAGAUAAGACUGGCACGCUAACGCAAAAUGAAAUGGUCUUUAAGAAAAUCCAUCUGGGCAUUGUAUCGCACGAUGCGGACACUUUUCAUCACAUUGGACAGAUCAUACAGAAACUGUCGGCAAACAUAUCGCAACAGCACAGCAGCAGUGGCUCGGCAUCGAGCAGUUCGGCUGAAUCUCACAAGCCCGUAAUGUUUACGGGCAAUCGGAUGCGGCGUCCGGAGGGCUGGCGUGAAUGGGAGGCUGUGCGGGCGCUGGCCUUAUGCCACAAUGUCACGCCAGUGAGCGAUGAGGAGGACAAUUGCUCCGUUUCGACAUCAUCGACGGCAACCGGCGGCAACAACUCGCCCAUAAAAUCUGUGAUUAACAUUGAGGCGCCCGGCUCUACGACCACCGAACAUCAAUAUCAGGCAGCAUCUCCCGAUGAAAUAGCACUCGUAAAAUGGACGGAACAGGUGGGACUCACACUCAUCGCUAGAGAUAUCAACACCAUGACGCUGCAGGUGAAAACGGCCUGCGAAGAGAAUGACAUAUUGCUGCACUAUCAAAUACUGCAGAUGUUUCCCUUUACCAGUGAGAGCAAACGCAUGGGCAUCAUUGUCAAGGACUCAAAGUCGGGUGAAAUAACUUUCUAUUUGAAGGGAGCCGAUGUCGUUAUGUCCAGCAUUGUGCAGUACAAUGAUUGGCUGAGCGAAGAGUCUGGGAACAUGGCUCGCGAGGGUCUGCGUACGCUGGUCGUGGCCAAGAAAGUGCUGACAGAGGAGCAGUACAAUGACUUUGAGAUGCGCUAUAAUGCGGCGCGUCUGAGUAUAACAGAUCGUGUGGCUAAGGUCGCAUCUAUAGUCGAAUCUCUGGAGCGCGAAAUGGAACUACUCUGUCUCACUGGCGUCGAAGAUCGCCUGCAGGAGGGCGUUCGCCCCACCCUCGAGAUGCUGCGCAAUGCCGGCGUGCGUGUUUGGAUGCUCACUGGCGAUAAGCUGGAGACAGCCUGCUGCAUUGCCAAGUCGUCGCAGCUAAUAGGUCGCAAUCAGGAGCUACACGUGCUGCGCACAGUAAAGACGCGCACGGAUGCGCAUGAGGAACUGAAUAAGUUCCGGCGCAAGCAGGGCAAUGCGCUCGUCUUAUCCGGUGAGUCGUUGGAGGUUUGUCUGCAGUAUUAUCGACCCGAGUUCCUCGAGCUGGCCACCGCCUCCCCAGCCGUCGUUUGCUGUCGCUGCUCGCCCACCCAGAAGGCGCAGGUCGUGCAGCUCAUACAAAAGUACACCGGCAAGCGAACCUGUGCUGUGGGCGAUGGUGGCAAUGAUGUGAGCAUGAUACAGCAGGCGGACGCUGGUGUGGGCAUUGAGGGGCGCGAGGGACGACAGGCUUCGUUGGCCGGCGAUUUCAGCAUUCCACAGUUUUCGCACAUUUCCAAACUGCUCUUAAUACACGGCCGACGCAGCUACAAACGUUCUGCGGCGCUCUCACAGUUCGUGAUACAUCGUGGUCUCAUUAUAACUACACUUCAGGCCGUCUUCUCGGCCGUGUUUUAUCUGAGUUCUGUGGCGCUGUAUCAGGGUUUCCUCAUGGUGGGAUAUUCAACGCUUUACACCAUGUUCCCGGUGUUCUCAUUGGUACUGGAUCAAGACAUCACAUCAGAGACGGCUGUCACGUAUCCGGAGCUGUACAAGGAUCUGGCGAAGGGACGCAGUCUCAGCUAUAAAACGUUCUUUAUUUGGGUGCUGGUCAGCAUUUAUCAAGGCGGUGUCAUUAUGUAUGGCGCGCUUAUAUUAUUUGUCGACGAGUUUAUACACAUUGUGGCCAUCAGUUUUUCGGCCUUGAUUCUAACUGAACUGAUUAUGGUGGCCCUAACCGUGCGCACGUGGCACAGACUGAUGGUGCUAGCAGAGCUAUUCAGCUUGGCCCUCUAUCUCAUCUCGCUUGCUGUUCUGCACGAGUAUUUUGACUGGGAAUUCAUUUGGUCGUACGACUUCCUGUGGAAGGUGUCCCUCAUCACGGUGGUUUCCUGCUUACCUCUGUAUAUAAUUAAAUUCUUGCGCAAAAAAUGUUCGCCGCCUUCGUACUUGAAACUCUCCUAAGCUGCAAAGCUCCUCGUACAUUUAUCCCUCUCUCCCCUAUCGAUUAUUCACUUCAAAGUCAACCAAUAUAUUUGUAUUUAUAUCCCUCCCACGCCCACCUUACAGACACGCCUUCUUUUGCCGCACACACAAACUGAAAUACCCAAACGUGAUAUAAAGUUUAAAUAUGUUUGCUA